AUGAAAAGCGCUUGGGACAACCAAACUUGGCACGAACUUGGAGCAGUUUCAGUCGACUUGGCACUAGAGCUGCCACCUGGUGCCCCUUUGUCAAACUUGUCAGUGGAUAUCGGAGCAGCGAACAACCAACCAGCGAGAAUCUGCAGAGCAGAAUUGUCUUUUGCUGGCUACAGUUUGCCCUGUGCCUUGGGAUUUGCAAGCGAAAUCAACCAAGGUGUCUCCGACUACAAAAGCGUUGAUACCGUUGAGCUGGACAAUAGAGCCAAGAUCAACCUAGGCUCUGUUUGUGCAGAUAUCUACAACCCAGCAAAUAUUACUGAAAGGUCAAUUAUUUUGAAUGUUGUUGUGGAGCAGCCCAUUGGUCUGGAGACCAUUGUGGAAAAACCAGAUACUGUUCUUGUUCCUGGAACUGGGCUUAUAAGCGCAGAGGUGACAUCUGUGCGCUCAUCUGUGCCUGAGACCUUGUUCACUGGAAGUGUGUCAUACCCCAUGUUGCAGUCAACAUUUGCUCAACCCUUUGUAGCAAUAAAUGGCAGUUACCCAACAUUGACUGCUAGUGUCUUUCCCAGCAACCCUGAGCCCAGUUCAACUGCUGCAGUCUACUUUGACAUUCAGACUCCUCCGCAAAGCAUGCUUGGACUCAAGUUGUCAAUUUUCUCUGCUGAUACUGUGUUGUGUAAAGCUUUGAUUGUUGCCAAUGGAAGGGAAGCUAUGGGACCUGCUUCUGGUCCAAAUCCAAUCAACACCAUCAGGGCCAUGCAAACAGUCCAGAUCCAGAGCUCAGCUGUCACAUACAGCACCAAAAGGAUGCAAGCAAACCUGACAUCAUUGGAUGGAGCAGUAACCUAUGCAUCCCUUGAUGUCCCAAUUGUUAUUGGGGCUGCUUCAACACAGUCUACCCCUGUAGAAACCAAUAUCACCAUGUCAUUAGAAAUAGCGUACAGUCGACUGGACGAAGGCAGUUCGACAGAUGUCACCCCAACUGUGCUGAAAGUCAUAUACAUCGACAUUCUCACACACUCCAACAUGCUCAAAGGACUAAAGUUGAUGUCAAAAAUUGACGUUCCUGAUGCUGCAUCCAUGUGCUCAUUGCAAAUUUUGCACGUCGGGUCAAAGCUGCCGUGUGUUUUGCCGGAUUCUGCAACGUUGGAUUUUGGCACAGUUUGCAACCAAGACAUUCCGAUCCCGGACACGAGCUCAGCCAUUGAAGAGUCAAAGAUACGCGUUGCCCUCGGAUUCGUUCCCAAUAAAAAUUUGCCUGCUGGAACCAAUUUCACUAUCCGCAACACACUGACAGUUUCAACAAAAUACGAGCGGGCUCAAAAUAGCGACACUUUACCGGGAGAAGAAUACAACUUGACUCUGCGAUUCUCUGGACUCGUUUCUGGUGGAAGAGCUGCUGUGUUGGUGACUAAUGCGAGAAUCACAAAACGAGGGAGAAAUAUGUUCUGUUGCGGGUCAGGGAACUUCAACAGCUCAAUAACUUAUUUGCAGACGGUGAAUCCGAGCCAGAAUGACACUUUGAAACUAGAUUUGGGAAUAGUUUCGAACCCUGGUUAUUCAUACACCAGAGGAGAUUAUCAAGACGAAGACAACGUUUUCGUUGUUGAAAUCGAGGUCGAGCCAGUUGACCACCCAUUGGCCCAUCAUGGGUCAUUGUUGCCGGUCACUUUAAAGGUGAUUUCGGGCUUUCAUCGGGGUAAAUCCCAAGAAUUAAAAUUCAUUUUCUUGGGGACGGGAAAAUUCCAGCUGGAUGUCAAUGGGAUGCAAAAUGCGGAGAAUGCGACACAAAACGUUCAAGUUUUCCGGUCCGGGUUCGAGUUUAUGAAUGUUCAACUGAAGUCUAGAUACCCAAAUCCAAACGUGCCCUCCCAAGUGUCGAUCGGCUUUACAUUGUCACAUACGUCGCUGUCGAAGAUCGAGCCGGUGGAUGUCGGAAUCAGAUAUUUCCUGCCAAGCUACAUGCUUUUCAAUUAUUCAUACACGUACAAUUCUACUCGGACUCCGACAGUGACGUUCAACGACGGUAUUCUCGAAUUCAAGUUUCCAUAUCUGCUGUUGAACGAGAAAAUCAGCGUUGAUUUCCAAUUGGUUGCUGACCCCGAAAACAUCCGGGGUUUCGGGGCCGGAAAUGGGGACACUUUGGUGCCAUUCGAGGCCUACGGAAGUUUGAUUCGAAGGUUCGGGUUGCCGAAUCAAGAAAACGGGGUUUACCCGGAAAACGGGGUCGACGUCAUCCCGCUUUCCCCGCUGAAAAACAUCAAAUUUGUGGUCUACAAUGAAGGCUGGCAAGCGGAAAUCCGAGAAGGAAAAUUUAUCCAGUGGUUGUCAAUUGAUUUCGGGAAAAGGAAGCGAAUAACCCGAUUGCAAUUUGCUCUUCCCGCGGGAACAAUUGCGCCAAAAAUCCUCACAAUUGAGACCAGUUUCACGGGCUCGUCUUGGCAAAUGAUUCGCUAUGGGACAUUGAAGAUCAGCGAUGGAGAACCCUGGCCCGUGACCUGGACCUUGUUGGAGCCAUUCCACGGAAGGUUCAUGCGGGUUCGGAUCGUUCGGACCCAAGAUGGUCCCUUGGUGCCACAAACGGUGGGGCUUUUUGUCCGGGCCUUCGGGUGCGACCAUCGGGGAUUUGUCUACUUGCCGCAAAAUUUGACAACUUGCGAAUUCUCGCCGUUGGCCCGGACAGCGACUGAUCCACUGCUCAAUCGUCACUUCGCAGUGGAUACAAAAACUGAUCGCGCAUUUUACUGCGAUCGACUCGUCAAUUCGCAGGAGAUGAGAUGUUAUGCUUCUUCGCCUGCCAAAAACGAAUGGCGUCUUUUGCCAUUAACUCUCACUAGUGUCAGAGGAUAUCAGCCCAGCACAGGGAGAAUUUAUCUCAUGGACAGGAGUCACAGAGCUGUGGUACACACAGUGAAUGGAGGAGAAAAUGUAUCGCCCACCGGAAUGGAUGAGUUCGUGGCUCUGCAAGCAAAGACGACGGAUUUUGUUCCAAGCAAAGUCAUUCCUGCCAAAGAUAAGGCAGGAGUUCUGGCUGAAAAGAUCGGGAAUUGGAUCGCUGAUUAUAUCGGGUUGAGAUACGGCACGGAAUAUUUUGUCAAAUGGAGCGCGUGUUGUGUUUGAGAUACAUUGUAUGCUUCGGAUAAUGGCCUCGUCCGAGCUGCUUGAUGAGUUAUUCAUCAGGGGUUCAUUGAAUUAGAAUAAAGUGCAACAAAGUCUAUUUGAAGUUGAAUAUUGCCAAGAAGCGUGAACCGCAGUUGUGACAAGUUUGCUUUUAUUUCUGAUGAAGAAAUA